GCCCGAGGCAGCUGGCGGGACCGGCUCUUUGGGCUUUGGGUUCCGGCUUGGUGGCGACACGUCAGUACUCGCGUCAGUUGAACCAGAGGAUUCACCGUCGCUUCUAUGGCUGCCUCACAAACCUCACAAACCUCACAAACUGUUGCAUCCCACGUUCCUUUUGCAGAUUUGUGUUCAACUUUAGAACGAAUACAGAGAAGUAAAGGACGUGUAGAUAAAAUCAGAUACUUGAGGGAAUUUUUAGAUUCUUGGAGGAAAUUUCAUGAUGCCCUUCAUAAGAACCAAAAAGAUGUCACAGACUCUUUUUAUCCAGCAAUGAGACUUAUUCUUCCUCAGCUAGAAAGAGAGAGAAUGGCCUAUGGGAUCAAAGAAACUAUGCUUGCUAAGCUUUAUAUUGAAUUGCUCAAUUUACCUAGAGAAGGAAAAGAUGCUCUUAAACUUUUAAAUUACAGAACACCUACUGGAACUCAUGGAGAUGCUGGAGACUUUGCAAUGAUUGCAUACUUUGUGUUAAAACCAAGAUGUUUACAGAAAGGACAAUUAACCAUACAGCAAGUAAACGACAUUUUAGACUCAAUUGCCAGCAAUAAUUCUGCCAGAAGAAAGGACCUAGUAAAGAAGAGUUUUCUUCACCUUAUAAGUAAGUGUUCAGCACUUGAACAAAAGUGGCUUAUACGAAUGAUUGUAAAGGACUUAAAGCUUGGUGUUAGUCAGCAAACCGUGUUUUCUAUUUUUCAUAAUGAUGCUGCUGAGUUGCACAAUGUCACCACAGAUCUAGAAAAAGUUUGCAGGCAACUGCAUGAUCCUUCAGUAGGACUCAGUGAUAUUUCUAUCACUUUAUUCUCUCCCUUUAAACCAAUGCUAGCUGCAAUAGCAGAUAUUGAGCGAAUUGAGAAGGACAUGAAAAACCAGAAUUUCUACAUUGAAACCAAGCUAGAUGGUGAGCGUAUGCAAAUGCACAAAGAUGGUGAUGUAUAUGAAUACUUCUCACGGAAUGGGUAUAAAUAUACAGAACAGUUUGGUGCUUCUCCACAUGAGGGUUCUCUCACACCAUUCAUUCAUAAGGCAUUCAAAACAGAUAUACAAAUUUGUAUCCUGGAUGGUGAGAUGAUGGCCUACAAUCCUAAUACCCAAACUUUUAUGCAAAAGGGGAAUAAGUUUGAUAUUAAAAGAAUGGUAGAAUAUUCAGAGCUGCAGACUUGUUAUUGUGUUUUUGACGUCUUGAUGGUCAAUAAUAAAAAGCUAGGACAUGAAACCCUGAGAAAGAGGUAUGAAAUUCUUAGUAGUAUUUUUACACCAAUACCAGGUAGAAUAGAAGUAGUGCAAAAGACAGAAGCUCAUACUAAUAAAGAAGUAAUUGAGGCUCUGAAUGAAGCAAUAGAUAAAAGAGAAGAGGGAAUCAUGAUAAAACAUCCUCUAUCCAUUUAUAAGCCAGACAAAAGAGGUGAAGGAUGGUUAAAAAUUAAGCCAGAGUAUGUAACUGGACUGAUGGAUGAACUGGACAUCAUAAUUGUUGGGGGCUACUGGGGUAAAGGUUCGCGUGGUGGAAUGAUGUCUCAUUUUUUGUGUGCUGUAGCAGAGAAGCCCCCUUCUCGUGAAAAACCAUCAGUAUUUCAUACUCUUUGUCGUGUUGGCUCAGGUUAUACCAUGAAAGAACUGUAUGAUCUGGGUUUGAAAUUGGCCAAACACUGGAAACCUUUUCAUAAAAAAGCUCCACCAAGUAACAUUUUAUGUGGAACGGAGAAACCAGAAGUGUACAUUGAACCUUGUAAUUCUGUCAUUGUUCAGAUUAAAGCGACAGAGAUUGUUCCCAGUGAUAUGUAUAAAACAGGCUGCACUUUGCGUUUUCCACGAAUUGAGAAGAUAAGAGAAGACAAAGAGUGGCAUGAAUGCAUGACUCUGGAUGACUUAGAACAACUUCGAGGGAAAGCAUCUGGAAAGCUUGCAUCUAAACACUUUUGUGUCAGUAGUAAUGAUGGACCACAAGAAAAAAAACGGAAAGCUGCCCCAAAGAUGAAGAAAGUUAUUGGAAUUAUCGAGCACUUAAAAGCACCUAACCUUUCUAACAUAAACAAAGUUUCCAAUAUAUUUGAAGAUGUGGAGUUUUGUGUUAUGAGUGGAAUAAAUAGCCAUCCAAAGACUGAUCUGGAGAACAGAAUUGCAGAAUUUGGUGGUUAUAUAGUACAAAACCCAGGCCCAGAUACCUACUGCAUUAUUGCAGGGUCUGAGAACAUAAGAGUGAAAAACAUAAUUUCUUCAAAUAAACAUGAUGUUGUCAAGCCUGAGUGGCUGUUAGAAUGUUUUAAGACCAAAAGCUGUGUGCCAUGGAAGCCUUGCUUUAUGAUUCAUAUGUGCCCAUCAACAAAAGAACAUUUUGCCCAUGAAUAUGAUUGUUAUGGUGAUAGUUAUUUUGCUGAUACAGAUUUGAACCAACUGAAGGAAGUAUUCACAGGAAUUAAAAGUCCUGGUGAACAGACUACUGAAGAAAUGGCUUCUGUGAUUGCUGAUUUAGAAUAUCGAUACUUAGGGGACUACUCUCCCCUCAGUAUGUUUCGACACCUCACUAUUUAUUUGGACUUGUAUACUGUUAUUAAUGACCUGAGUAGCAGAAUCGAGGGAACAAGAUUAGCUUUUACAGCCUUAGAGCUUCAAUUUCAUGGAGCAAAAGUAGUUUCUUAUUUAGCUGAGGGAGUAUCUUAUGUAAUCGUUGGGGAGGAUCAUAGUCGUGUAGCAGACUUCAAAGCUUUUCGAAGAACCCUUAAGAGAAAGUUUAAAAUUCUGCAAGAAGGUUGGGUAACUGAUUCAAUAGACAAAUGUGAGUUACAGGAGGAAAAUGAGUAUUUGGUUUAAAGCUCACUUUUCUAGUGAUGAAAGCAUCUGAUUUGGCUGACUCCUAACUGGUGGUAAUGAGAAAAUAAAUUAAACUAAAUUUUAUUUUUAUCUCUGAUAAAUCUGUGCUUGAACAGAAUUGAUACAGAAAAACAAUCUUACAACUUUUGAGAUAAAAAAGACACUGAAUGGCUCAAAGCCAAAAAAGAAAAAAAAAAUUUUGAGCAAUGUAGUAUUUGGUCAUUUUUAUAACCAAGAUGAAAUAAGCAGUUUAAAGAAAAGAUGUUUAUGUAAUAUCCCCAUAGAAUUAUAGACGUUUGAGUCAGAUACUAAUAAAAUAUAUGUAGAAGCUUUUAGAGUCAUAGUGUUGACCUAAAUAGGAUUUUAUCUAAUAAAAGCAUUGUAGGAAAAAAACAGAAUUA